UUUUCCUUUUUUUUUCAGUCAGAGUGAAGUUUCUCCUGGGGAGAGUGAAGACCCAUUUCAGUUGUGUAGAGGAUCCCACAGGCACAUAAAUGCAGUAUCUCAACGUAAAAGAAGAUUGCAAAGCCAUGGCUUUCUGUGCAAAAAUGAGGAGCACAAAGAGAAAUGAACUCAACCUGGAAACUCAACACCAGGGGCUGGAAAUCCUUUUCUACCUGCAGGACAAAGCCCCCAUUUGUUACUCCAGUGGCGAGUUCACCUCGGAGGAGCUGUGCAUCGAGGCUGCCCAGAAAUGUUCUGUGUCCCCUCUGUGCCACAACCUCUUUGCUCUGUAUGAUGAGAACAAAAAGCUCUGGUAUGCACCAAACCAGGUCUUCAAAGUGGAGGAAAAAUCAUCCUUCAGGCUCCAUUAUCGCAUGAGAUACUAUUUCACCAACUGGCAUGGCACCAGUGAGAGUGAGCCCUCGGUGUGGAGACACUCCCCAAGGAAAGCCAAGGCCUAUGACAAGAAGCUGGCCCCAGAGGGAACCCCCAUCCUGGAUGCCAAUUCCCUGGAAUACAUCUUUGCACAGGGCCAGUAUGACCUAGUGAAGGGGCUGGCUCCCAUCCGAGAGCCCAGGAACGAGCAGGAGGUCCAUGAGAUUGAGAAUGAGUGUCUGGGCAUGGCUGUCCUGGCCAUCUCCCACGAUGCCAUCAAGAGGAACAUGAAACUGCCUGAGCUGCCCAAGGACAUCAGUUACAAACAUUACAUCCCUGAGACCCUGAACAGAACCAUCAGGCAGAGGAAUUUCCUCACCAGGAUUCGAAUCAAUAACGUUUUCAAGCAUUUCCUCAAGGAAUUCAACAACAAAACCAUCUGCAACAACAGCGUGUCCCCCCGGGAUCUGAAAGUGAAAUAUUUAUCCACCAUGGAGAUCCUCACCAAAUAUUAUGGGGCAGAGAUUUUUGAGACUUCCUUUUUGGUCAUUUCUGCUGAGAAUGAGAUCAGUAAAUUGAAUUGUGGAGAUAAUGAGAAAUAUGAAGUGAUGGUGACAGGAAACCACGGGAUUCAAUGGAGGCUCAAGCCCAGUCCUGCACAGCCAGAGAAAGAGAAAAAGAAAAAAUCCGAGGGCAAAGGCAAAAAAGAGGAAGAGAAGCAGAAAGUUUGGGAGGCUUGGAGCAACUUCUCCUACUUCCCUGAGAUCACCCACAUCGUCAUCAGGGACUGCACUGUCAGCAUCAACAAACAGGACAACAGGAGGAUGGAAUUGAAGCUGGGCUCCCACGCUGAGGCUCUGUCCUUCACCUCUCUGGUCGAUGGCUACUUCAGGCUCACAGCAGAUGCUCACCAUUACCUGUGCACUGAUGUGGCUCCUCCCCUCAUCCAGCACAACAUCAAAAACGGCUGCCACGGGCCCAUCUGCACAGAAUAUGCCAUCAACAAGCUGAGGCAGGAGGGGAACGAGGUGGGGAUGUACGUGCUGAGGUGGAGCUGCACCAACUUCAACCACAUCCUCAUGACUGUGACGUGUCUGGAAGGCUCCGAGGUGAUGAAUAACUCAGGCCCCUACAAGAACUUCCAGAUCGAGGUGAAGAAAGGGGGAUAUUUCCUCCAUGGCUCCAACAAAUCCUUUGCAUCCCUGAAAGACCUCAUGGAUCACCUGAAGGGACAAAUCCUGAGGACAGACAACAUCAGCUUCACCCUGAAGAGGUGCUGCCAGCCCAGACCCAGAGAAAUCUCCAACUUGCUGGUGGCAACCAAGAAGGCCCAGGAGUGGCAGCCAGUGUAUCCCAUGGGGCAGCUGAGCUUCCACAGGAUCCGUAAGGAGGAGAUUGUGCAGGGAGAACACCUGGGAAGAGGAACCAGAACUCAGAUUUACUCAGGGAUGCUGAGCCUCAAGGAUGAUGAGAACGAAGGGUACCAGAAUGAGAAAGAGAUCAGAGUGCUGCUCAAAGUCCUGGACCCCAGCCACAGAGACAUUUCCUUGGCAUUCUUUGAGACUGCCAGCAUGAUGAGACAAGUGUCCCACAAACACAUCGUGCUCCUGCACGGCGUCUGCGUCAGGGACGUGGAAAAUAUCAUGGUUGAAGAGUUUGUUGAAUGUGGGCCUCUGGAUCUGUUCAUGCAUAAGAAAAGUGAAGUUCUCACAACCCCAUGGAAAUUCAAAGUGGCCAAACAACUUGCAAGUGCCCUGAGCUACCUGGAGGACAAGGAUUUGGUGCAUGGGAAUGUGUGCACCAAGAACAUCCUGCUGGCCAGAGAGGGCAUUGAUACCGAAUAUGGGCCUUUCAUAAAGCUGAGUGACCCAGGGAUCCCCAUCACUGUGCUGUCCAGGCAAGAGCGUGUGGAGAGGAUUCCCUGGAUUGCACCUGAGUGUGUUGAAGAUUCCAAAAACCUCAGCAUUGCUGCAGAUAAAUGGAGUUUUGGUACAACCCUGUGGGAAAUCUGCUACAAUGGAGAAACUCCACUGAAAGACAAGACCUUAGCAGAGAAGGAGAGGUUCUAUGAGGGGCACUUUGUGCUGGCCACACCAUCCUGCAAGGAGCUGGCAGAUCUGAUGAAGCAGUGCAUGAACUACGACCCCCACCAGAGACCCUUCUUCAGGGCCAUCAUGAGGGACAUCAACAAACUGGAGGAGCAGAAUCCUGAUAUUGUCUCAGAGAAGAAACCUGUCACCGAGGUGGAUCCCACUCUGUUUGAGAAGAGGUUCUUGAAAAGGAUCCGGGAUUUGGGUGAGGGCCACUUUGGCAAGGUGGAACUGUGCAGAUAUGACCCAGAAGGUGACAACACCGGGGAGCAGGUGGCAGUGAAAUCCCUAAAGCCAGAGAGUGGAGGGAAUCACAUUGCUGACCUCAAGAAGGAAAUUGAAAUCCUGAGGAAUCUUUAUCACGACAACAUUGUCAAAUACAAGGGCAUUUGCACAGAAGAUGGAGGAAGUGGGAUUAAACUCAUCAUGGAAUUCCUUCCCUCUGGGAGCCUGAAGGAAUAUCUCCCACGGAACAAGAACAAGAUCAAUCUCAAGCAGCUGCUCAAAUAUGCAGUUCAGAUCUGCAAGGGCAUGGACUACCUGGGCUCCCGUCAGUACGUGCACCGUGACCUGGCAGCCAGAAAUGUCCUCGUGGAGAGUGAGAACAGGGUGAAGAUUGGGGACUUUGGGCUCACCAAGGCCAUCGAGACAGAUAAGGAAUAUUACACUGUCAAGGACGACCGCGACAGCCCCGUGUUCUGGUACGCCCCGGAGUGUUUGCUGCAGAGCAAGUUCUACAUCGCCUCGGACGUGUGGUCCUUCGGGGUGACACUCUACGAGCUCCUCACCUACUGUGACUCCGAGUCCAGCCCCAUGGCAGAAUUCCUGAAGAUGAUCGGCCCCACGCAGGGACAGAUGACGGUGGCGCGGCUCGUCAGGGUCCUGCAGGACGACAAACGGCUGCCACGGCCACCAAACUGUCCUGAGGAGGUGGAUCAGCUGAUGAGGAAGUGCUGGAUCUUCAAACACGACGAACGCACCACCUUCCACAACCUGAUCCAAGGAUUUGAAACAAUUAUGAGUAAAAUGUAAUUAAUUAUUUUUAUCCUGUCAGGACUUCAAAUGCCCAGCAAACUAUCUAUGCCCAAGGCUACAUUUUUUUUUUUUUUUUUUUUUAAUUUUUUUUAAACUCCUGUAGUUUCUCCUCUGGCUGAGCUGAUGUGGUUAUAAAAGAUUCUUUUGCCAACAGAUUGAAGAGUUGGAUUUUAAAAGAAUUUAAAAUAUUUGGGCAAAAUGAACUCCAGCUCCCUUUGCUGCUGUUCUUGCAGGGCAGUUUUAUCCUGCUCUGAUUCUGGUUGUGCCACAAUUGGAAUUGCCCUGAUGGAUGAUGUGAGCUGGGAAAAUCCACUGGCAUUUCUCAGCUUAAACCUCAGCCACUGGAUGUAAGAGGACUCAAUUAAUAAUUUUGAAGUUGGCUGAAAAAAUAUCCUUCACAUGCACUUAAAUCCUAGUAAGAAACAAAAGAACCUAUAAAAUAUAGGAAAGACAAAAUGUUCAGCUCUUUUUAACCCACGAGGUCCCAGUCCUGAGCUCUUACAGAUAUUUUUUAAGAAGUGUUGAAAAGAACCAUCCCCAGAAAUGUGGAGGGGUGGGCACAGUUGUGCAUUUCUGUGAGAGCCUCAAUUUUGGGAUAAAGAAUUUGCUUUUCCUAACUCCACUCCCACAUUCUUCCCCCUGGAGCUCAGGAAUUCCUGGAGAUGGAAAAGAACCCAGUCCAUGCCCAGAGUCUGGAGGGGAUUAUCCCAAAGGAAAAAAAAAAAGGCCUGAGCACCCAGGGGUGUCCUGGGCAAUGGAAACCCCUCCAACAAAUUUUUUUAUAAAGAACAUUUUGACUCAGCCCAUGAGUGGUUUAACUGGAACCUUCUGCUGCCAUCAUUUUUCCUACCACACCUGGAGUUGGAAAAUGCUCUGAAGAGAUCCUCGAGUUUUGGCAAUAAUAGAAAGAGGUCUAUAUAUAUAUAUAUAAAUAUAUAUAAAAAUGGUAAUUAUGAGCUCCAAGGAGGUCAGAUUUAUUUUUACAGUGUUAUUGUUUCUGUAUGUCACGUAGGAAGCUGAAUUUAAUCUGUAAGCACUUUGUUACUCUUUAUACAAACAAGUCUAAUAAAGAAUUUUUUUUUUUC